AUGUUUCCCACAAGGGCGCUCUGCGCGCGAUCGGUCUGGAAAGGCCCCAACAUCCUCCCUCUUCCCAUUGCGCGCGCAAAGGCCGGCGAGCGACAAGCCCCAAUCAAGACGCAAGCGCGCUCUGCUACCAUCCUGCCGAACUUUGUUGGCCUGAAGUUCCAGGUUCACAACGGCAAGAAGUACGAUGAUAUCACAAUAACAGAAGACAUGGUCGGACACAAGCUGGGCGAGUUUGCACCGACACGGAAGAACUUCUCAUACAAGCAGACCAAGAACAAAUAG